AUGUGGAGGUUGGCAUGCUUCACUUUGGUGCUGCUCCUAUGUACUACAGGUUCACUUUCUCAGUUGAAUGUUUGUGGACAUGCCCCUUUAAACUCACGUAUUGUGGGUGGUGUAGAUGCCCCUGAGGGGGCAUGGCCAUGGCAGGUCAGUUUGCAGAGCUCCACCUUUGGAGGUCAUUUUUGUGGAGGAUCCCUCAUCAAUAGUGAAUGGGUGCUGACGGCAGCUCACUGUAUGCCUGGUGUCAGCACAUCCACUCUGCAAGUGUACUUAGGAAAGAGGACACUGCAGGGAGUUAAUACAUAUGAAAUCAAAAGAAAUGUUGCCAAAUUCAUCGUUCACCCCUCCUACAACAGCAACACAAAUGACAAUGACAUCACUCUGCUGCACCUAUCCUCCCCAGUCACCUUUAAUGACUAUAUUAGACCUGUGUGUCUGGCAGCCCAGAACAGUGUCUUUGCUCCUGGCACCAGCAGCUGGAUCACAGGCUGGGGAGAUGUUACAUCUGGAGUGAGCUUAUCUGCUCCUGGGACUCUGCAGGAGACUAUGGUUCCAGUAGUGGAUAAUUCUCAGUGUAAUAAUCUUCUUGGUGCUGGAUCUGUCACCAGUAACAUGAUAUGUGCUGGUUUACUGCAGGGAGGCAAAGACACCUGCCAGGGGGACUCUGGAGGGCCAAUGGUGAGCCAGCAUUGUUCAGUGUGGGUUCAGUCUGGUAUCACCAGCUGGGGUUAUGGCUGUGCUGACCCCAACACACCUGGUGUGUACACACGUGUGUCUCAAUAUCAGAGCUGGAUCAUGAACACCAUCAACCAGAACCUUCCAGGAUUCAUCACAUUCAGCCCUACAAGCUCAUGCCAACCUGCUAGUUCACCUGCUUCAACGAUGGCUCCUACUACAACUACCUUACCACCUCCACCCUUUCAAUGUAACUAUCUCUCGUACACAACUACACACCCAUACAAAUCCUCAAACUCCUGUCGUGGCAGAUGUGGUAAGAUGGCUGACAUCUACAACCGCUGCAAUUGCAAUAUUCGUUGCCGCAUAAACUGCUGCAGAGAUUAUAAAAAGCAGUGCUUUUGAAUUCGUAAUAACUCUUGGUCUGCACAGGCUUCUAACACCUUCUCGCCUGCCCACAGACAUUUCUCAUCAGUUCAGUUCUACAUACAUGUGUCCAUGUUGUUAAUAAAUUCCACCCAACAUUUUAUACACCAGGUACAGCUCUUACAGCAAAAUAUUUCUUUAAAUCACCACAGAAUAUCUCAAGCUAACAAAAUUAUAUGCAAUUUGUUUCUUGUGUUAUAUAAAUCACACCAUG